AUGGAACAACCGAAGGCGAAAUCAGACAAUGAAUCUCAUGUCCUAGACGGUGACUCCGCCGAAGCGAAGGGAUCCGGAUCGGUAUCGGGAUCUGGAUCCGAAUCGCACGUUAGCAUGAAGAAAUCGGUGCAUUGGAGUCCUGAAUUGGUUACGGAAUCCACGUUCACAUCUUCCCCUCAAGGAACGCAUUCCAAUUCAUUCUUCAAUUCUGCUUCUCCUUCUUUCUCUCAACCUCCUCCUUCAUUCAACGUCAUGGAGACGGUGGUGACUGUUCGUAAUGUGCUUGGAAGAUGGAGUAAGAAGGUGGGAGAGGCAACUCGGAAGGCCGAGGCUCUCGCUGGAAACACUUGGCAGCAUUUGAAAACAAGCCCUAGCAUGACUGAAGCUGCUAUGGGAAGAAUUGCACAGGGAACAAAGGUCCUGGCAGAAGGUGGAUACGAGAAGAUAUUUCUGAGUACAUUUGACACUGUUCCAGAAGAACGGCUUCAGAACUCGUUUGCAUGUUAUCUAUCCACGUCAGCCGGUCCUGUAAUGGGAGUGUUGUAUAUAUCCACAGCAAAGAUUGCUUAUUCUAGUGAUAAUCCUAUUUCCUACAAAUCUGAGGACAAAACAGAAUGGAGUUAUUAUAAGGUAGUCAUUCCACUACAUGAGCUUAAAGCAGUGAUUCCUUCAUGUAAUACAGCCAACCCCGCCGAAAAGUACAUCCAAGUGAUUUCUGUUGAGAAUCAUGAAUUUUGGUUUAUGGGCUUCCUGAACUAUGAAAAUGCCGUGGGCUUCCUGCAAGAUGCACUCGAAACAGGCAAAGUAAUACAGUCAGAAGCAUAG